GUUGACAUUUCGUAUUUGUCAAGAGUGUCAAGAUAAAUAGCACCUUGCAUUAGCUCGGAAAUUCUUUAUUACCAACACAGAAAAAAGUAAUCAUGGAGGAUCGCACUGGGGAGGAGACCCCAAUGUCUCAGAGGCUCACAAACGAGGAUUUCAGAAAACUCCUCAUGACGCCCAGGGCUACGCCUGCAUCUGGUGCCCAUCCCGCUGGCUCGGUGCGCGAGGCCAUGGCCAAUGCUGGUUCCAUGCCACCACCAACAGAAAAUAAAAGUGAGCUUCGUCGCAAGAAAAAGUCAUAUUAUGCUGCUCUAAAGAAACAGGAAGACAAUAAGCUGGCAGAGUUAGCGGAGAAGUACAGAGACCGAGCUAGGGAGAGGAGAGAUGGGUCCAAUGAUGUUGGGCCUACAGACCCUACCAGCAACACUAGCAGUGCUUAUAGAGCUGUGGCACCAGAUGUUAAAUCAGGAAUGGAUGCCAAAGAAAGGAGGAGACAACUUAUUCAGGAAUCCAAAUAUCUUGGUGGUGACAUGGAACAUACUCACUUGGUGAAAGGUCUUGAUUAUGCUCUAUUGCAAAAGGUGCGUUCGGAGAUCCAAACGCGUGAACAAGAACAGGAGGCGGAGAUGGAGCGGCUUGUAUCAGCGCCUCCCGUGGAGGCUGUCAAAGAAAAGAAGGAGGUUGUUCCGCAAGAAGAAGAAAUUCAAUUCAAAACACAAAUGGGGAAAAAUAUUUACAACAUGGUCAUGGAUCAGAAGAACAAGAAAGUGACCCGCAAUGAGCUGUUCGCUCCGGGCCGCAUGGCGUAUGUGGUCGAACUCGACGAGGAAGGAACUAUAGACAGCGACAUCCCUACCACGCUGACGCGCAGUAAAGCCGACGUGCCUGAGCCAGACGAACGCAGCUCCGCCGCCAGCGCUAACGACGUUGUGCUAGAGAAGCUCACUCAGAUAUUCAGCUACCUCCGCCACGGCCGGCACAGGAAACUUAAGAAGACUAAGGAUAAGAACGCCGAGAAAGGUCGCAACGACGACUCAAUAUACGGCGAUAUAGGCGACUAUGUCGCUGGCGAGCGGCGCGAGCGAGAGAGGCGCGACGAGCGGCCAAGGACGGGCUACUUCGACAAACCCGUCGAACAGGAUAAGGAGGAAGGUCCCGGUCCCCUGCCGCGUCGCACCGGCGGUGCCAACCCCGAAGAGCGCGACAAGCGCUCCGCGGCCCUACUGUCCCGGCUGGCUGCGGAGCCCGAGGGCUACGCCGAGUGCUACCCGGGCCUUCGCGAGAUGGAUGACGCUAUCGAUGACUCUGAUGAUGAAGUUGACUAUACCAAGAUGGAUGCUGGCAACAAAAAGGGGCCUAUUGGCCGAUGGGACUUCGAUACUCAAGAAGAGUACUCCGCCUACAUGAGUAGCAAGGAAGCGCUACCUAAGGCUGCCUUCCAGUACGGCGUGAAGACACAAGAUGGACGCAAGACAAGGAAGACCAAGGAUAAGAGCGAGAAGGCAGAAUUAGACAGAGAGUGGCAACAGAUUCAAAAUAUAAUUCAAAAACGAAAGGCGCCCGCGACAGGCGACGAGCCAGGCUACAAGACGCCGAAAUACUAGCUAAGGUUACUGGUUUUACUUCUUACUGUAGUUGGGAAUUAUACGGAUAUAAGUAUUUGGUUUAUUUACCAAAUUAGUGGAGACUUUGUGUGGCAAAUUAUGCUUAUGGAUUUAUGACUGUAAUCCAAUCCGUUUAAAGUUUGAAUUUUGAAGAUAACUAAGAAACAUACAGGGUGUAAUCGUUAAAUGUAGCCAGACGAUUAUUCGGUAAAUAUAACAGAUAUUUAAAAAGUUUAUACGUACAACAAGUAUAUGGCGUAAUGAUUACCCCUGUAUAUGAGUAAAACAUCUUCUAAUAGUGUAACGAUGCCUUAUAUGAGUUAUAUGUUUCCAUUUUUAAGUAGGACAUGUUAUGAAUUAAUCAAAUAAUAAUACGGAUAUUAUAUUUUAAAACAAGAAUAGCACUGUUAAAAACGUUCAAGUACCUUAUAAUAUUACAUGACCAUAUGACAUCCACUAGAGAACCAUCAACUUGAAUCAUACGAUUUUUUUUAACUCGAGUAUCAAAAAACUAAAGUAGACAAUAUUACAUUUAACUAUUUGGGACGUUCAGCAGUUCAAUGAAAAAGGAAUCCUUGUGCUUCAUUUGCAAUUAAGAUGAAUUUCCUAGAAUUUCAUAUUAAGACGUUAUUGCAGGACAAUUAUUUAGUUAUUUUUAAGUGUAACGUGUUACAUGAUACUAAGAAUGGUAGCUUGAAGACUCAAUAAGGCUCUGGCAAUUAGGACCAUACAAUUAUGGAUCGUCUUGGUUUAAGUUUACAUAUCGUCACUAUUUAAAAAAAAAUCUCGUAUCUCAUGCUUCUCCUCAAAGUUAAAACGCAGUAAG